CUCUUCUUGGACAUUUCUUGGACGAGCGACUCGCCCCGUAACAGCUCUGGUAGUCUUAGGACGCUGUAAAUUAGGAUCAAAAGACUGUCUCUCGAGCCCAAGAGCAAGUAGUCGCCAUGCCUCGUCCAGUCGCAUCGACACCUCACCUCGUGUGGGCAGCCGGCCACUUUCUCGUCUUCUUCAGUGGCAUUCGUUUCCUCCUUGGUCUCUUUACCCUCAAUACGCCCAAUCUGGGCCACUGGUACACGAUUGCAUACUUGGGAGCCAUUGUCAGCUAUGGCGUCGUCUGCUAUAAAAGCUUCGGCAUUCCUCAACUCAACAAGGCAUACGUCCAGCGGGCUCUGUUUGACGAGAAUGUCCAGUACCUCGUCUUUGCUCUUUACUGGUGGUUCAACAAGCCCAUCUUCAUCACCCUGGUCCCCUAUGUCACCUUCUCCCUCUUCCAUGUCCUCACAUUCACACGCACGACGGUCAUCCCCAUGAUCUUCCCUUCGUCGUCGUCAUCGCAGCCCAAGCCUGAAGGUGCAGCGUCUGCUCCUCCUCAACCAGCGCCUGCUCGAGCAGCGAAGUUCAUUCAGACAUGGGUCAAAGCCAACUACGAUCCCGCGAUGCGCUUCGUCGCCUACGCCGAGGUGGCCGUCUUUGCUCGGGUCCUGUUCGGAGCCCUUCUGCUGAGGAACAGCCUGCUGGCACCGCUCUUCUACGCGCAUUUCCUUAGGCUGCGCUUUUACAUGAGCAGCUUCACCCGCGGUGCUUUCCAGCACGUCGGAUCGAUCCUGGACGGCUACACGCAGCACCCCAGCUGCCCGCCGGCCGUGCGAAGAGGCUACCUUAUGUUGACGGACCUUAUCUCGCGAUACGCAAGCACUGUCAUGCCGGUUCAGAACCAAGGCGCUGGCACUGCAGGAGGAGCAGCUGCUGCUGCUGCACCGAACGCGGCUGGAGCAGGUGCUGCUCGCCGUUGAGCGGUUGCUGCGCCACUGCGACGCACAAGCCUGCCAGCAAGCCAAAAAUGCCGACCCACGUUGGCACGGUCUGGACAAAGAAGUAGAAGAAGGAAUGCGGUGUGUCGUCGCGGGAAGAAUUCGAGGAAGAAGAAGAUACAAGAACCGCUCGAGAGUACAGCAAUGAGCCGUGCUCUCCUUGUCACUUUACCCUAUCAUGUCAUUCACAUUCACUUUGGUCCCAGCCAGUUCCCUUUUAGCCUUGUCUCUUCCUUGUAUUAUCUCGGUGUGUCCAGUGUGCUCGGAAUCAAGGGCUUCUCCUUAUCAGCAAA